GCAACAAGCUCCUCCGUCGAGGAGACGAGGCGUCGAGGCGACCAGUACCGUGACGGCCAGUUCCCGAGGAAAACCGGAGAAAUCGACUCCGCGAGGUCCCACAUGAAUAACCCGGGAGCUGAAAAAUGGCGCCCGAUGGCGAUCUCGAACCCAUCGACCCGGUUGCGCAUGGCGAGGUCCAUGCCCCACUGGGUGAUGGCGCAACAACAGAAGGAAGCGGAGCAGCAGAGUCAACGUAAACCACCGACCCCGCCGAAACUGCCGCCGCCGUCGCUCUCCGGAGACUGCGGCGACCCGGACUACGAGAUCAUCGAAUUUCCGACCCGACCGCAAGCACAGAAGUCCUCGACACCGGUUACGAACGCGUACAAGUGCGCGCUAUGCGGAACGGAGAACGUGUUCGCCCGUUGCGACACCUGCAACGGGAAUUACUGCGAGGCCUGCGACGACAUGAACCACAAGCACCCGAAGCGAAGGAACCACGUGCGGCGACGGAUCCUGACGGAUCUCGCUAGUAGGACGCGGCCGCCGUUGCCGCCCAAAGGGGAGAACCUGUCGAGCCCGCCGCCGAUCCCGCCGCCGAGACGAAACCGAAAGAACACUCAGGCUAAAUCGACCCAAAGCCAGGGAACCACGAAUCUCUCCUUGAUCGAGAGAGUCGGCAGCUUGAAGCGCGCCCUCCCAAACACGACCAGGCCUCUGUCAGCUACCUUAGACACGAGAACCGUGUCGAAAUCGAUGCAAUCAGUCAACACUACAGCCAACGAUGGAUCAGGAUCAGGCACCGAUAAAAUGUCCACGCUUCAGGAGAGGUACAGGAAAUAUCAGGAAGCGAUGAGGGCGCAGGACGCGAACAGAAGGAGGCAUCCUCCGCCGUCGGACGUUCCAAGAGACGGCAUGAACGUGAGGCCGCUCAGUAUAGGCAGCCCGAAACUGGCACCACCGGUACCGCCGCCACCCCCACCCAGAUCUAUGAUGCAAUCGGCCAGCGUUUGCGAUUUAUCGUCACCGCAGAUGUGGAAUCCCGGAAUGCACCAGGCGCAAUCGAUGGCACAUUUAGGACCCGGUGGCAUGCCCAUGAUGUGGUACCCACCGAACCUUCCAUGGGACAUGACCAUGGGUGGUUCAACGAUGAGCCUGAACCAUCCAGCGAUGUGGGGCUAUCCUAUGGGAUACCCUCCGUCGCAGAUGCUCCCGCCGCACUAUCCAGGGUCCUUAUCGAGGCCCCACAGCCCAGCCAGGAGUGUGAAAUCGAGCAGAAGAUCUAGAGGCACCUCGCCGUCACCUAGUCUCAAGUCCAGAAAAUCGUUGGCUAGUAGAUCGCGAUCGAGAAGAUCCCAAGGAUCACCGUCUGACGCCAGCUCCGAGGAUUCCGGGGAAUCGGACUUCGACGACAGGCUAUCUCGUAGCUCUAGACGCGGCAGCAUGUCCAGAAGCUCGAGGCAGAGAAACUACCACGAGGAUGAGCCUCCCCGGACUUUGCUAACAAGAAAUCGUCGCGAGAGACUGAGGUCGGAAGAGAGGAUAAUCAGCUCGGAGGAUCAGUGGCCUGAGAGUCAGUCGGGCAAACGGUACUCGGGCAGAGGUUACGACGAAUUCCAGAAGAACACACUGAAUUCGCGACGGAGAUACGAGCAAGACGAGCGCAGGCUGUCUAGGCUUGACUCGCGAUUGGAUCGCGUGCAGAACGGGAACUAUCGUCGAAGACGAAGCACCGACGACGACGAGUCGGACAGAAGAUCCACUUUACAGACCCGAUCGAGGGUGACCAGUUCCUCGGACGAUCACUUCGAGAAACCGGAAGUAGGUCCGCGACGAAAGGAAGACGAUGUACCGAGAAGAGCGCCCACCGUGAGAACUGAGAUACCUUCGGACAAUCUUGAAAGAUUAUCUCGCAGAGAUUCGCAACGAUCCUCUCUCGACAGUGAUACACAGAGUAGGAAGACGUCAUCCAGGAGAGUUCAAGAGACAGAAAGGGUUAACGGGGACGAAGAUGAAGAAGCAUCUCGCACCGUGAAGAACGUACGAAGUCGCGAGCCCUCGUUGAGGAGAGAAACUUCGAUCGAAGAAACGGAGAAAUCAAGAAGGAAAUCGUCCCUUGAUUCUGGUAAUCAAAGCGUGAGGAAAACUCCGUCGCGCGAAGCGGUGCCGAGGAAGAUUCGGGAGACUGACGAUCAGGGCUCUUCACGAUCUGGCAGCAAGAACCAAGAGGAGAUUCGAGAAGCGAGACGUUCCGUGGAUAAAGAGAAACGUAGCAAAGAAUUCGUAACCAGAAAAGUAGAGGACGAACCAGCUGAACGUUUAGACAGUGUGGCAUCCGUUGCCAAAGGGGAAAAGCGGGAGACGAAUCAGCAAAAGCCAACGAACGAUGCGAGCGAGAAAACUGACUUGCAAAUACCGAAGGAGGAAUGGGCCUGCGAGCACUGCACCUUUAUAAACAACGUCCGGGACCGCGUUUGCGUGGUUUGUUGCAAAACGAGGAGCAGCGCGCUGCCACCGAGCAACGAGGAGAACGCGGAUGACGUACCGAAUGGUUCGAGCGAGAUCCCGAAAAGUGAAUCUGAUAAGGCGCCCAGCAACGUGAGCAAUCCGAGCCCGGAUCUCGAGAAACGGACCAGCCUGUUAAAAAUUUCUAACAGCGAAGAGAGCGGUGGUGACAGUGGCUCGACGAAGAACAAAGAUACAGAUGCAAACUCCUCUUCAGCAAAAAGUAUAUCUGCAUCAAUGACAAACACGGUUAAACCAAAGACGGCCGAGAUCUUCGAGACUCGUAAAGAUGCGUCUUCCAAAAUGGAUGAAGAGAACGAACCAAAGGAACGACCGACGCUAGGAAAAAUUCUGAGAAGCCAUUCGGUUUCGACUGGAACCUCUCCGCCUCCGCAGAACAUUUCCACUCAAACGUACGACUAUCUACCAGCGAGAGGUAGCGCGGGAUUCGUGAGAGCUUCAUCCGCCUCGAAAGGAUUAUUGUAUUAUGAGGAUAGCGACGUGGAGGGUGCCGAGCCUGUGUUGCAGGAACAAGUUAGACUCGUGAGCAGCCCGGACUUGUAUCCGCGAACGAUCCAGGAACAAUAUCUCCAGCAGCUGAUCGGCGCGGGCGGACCGAGCAGAGAUCGUACGCGACGAAACUCGAUCGACUCCACUCACCUUUAUUAUCGUUCCAGGGAAUCGAGUCAGCCCAGGUUUUUAGAAUCUGGCCCGAGCACCCAAGGCGUUUCGACUUUAACUAGACAAGGUUUAGAGAUCGUGGAACUGCUGAGGGAAGCUGAGAAUCACGGUUACUCCACCGACGACGUUCAAGUUGCUUUGUCGCAAGGCGCCAGCAAUCCCAUCGACUGGCUGAAGACGCAGUGGCCACAUUUGGUGGAAACCGUGCAGGUUCUCGCUACCAGUCAAGGAAAAGAGUUGAAGGAGAACAACAUCGGGAUGCUUACCGCCAGCGAAGCGAAGGAAGCCCUGAGAAUAACGAAAGGGGAGGUUUGGAACGCUGUCGCAACGGCGAUUCAACGUAGACAGCUAAAGUGCGAGGAGAUCAUGAAGAAGGGCAACUUCGCGAUGGCGGAAGUGGUGAAAGCUUUGGAAAAUAACGCUGGUGUCGAGGACGCGGCUUUGUUCGAGCUGCAGAAGAAUCAGCUGAAGCCGUUUCUGAUGAGGAUCUGGGGUCCUCCGGUUGGGGUGGAAAACAACGAGGCUGCACCGCGGGAAGGUGCGGCGGGUGCGGUCGGUGGUGAUACGGGUGUUCCCGAACAGGUUACGAACGUGUCGGACUCAGAAGCCAGGAAGCAGGUAAUGUCACCAAUCGUUGAAAAUUUCGUCGCGUUGCAGGCCGACUUUCAAAAGCAACUGGCAGCCCUCAAACAACUGACUGAUAACUGGCAACACGACAAAGAACCUGACCCCCUGAACACGCCCGGUAAUAAUAAGCCUGAUAAUCAGUAUCAAGUAACCAAUGACGAUCGAGCCGUUCUAAUCGAUAAAAAUCUGGUCCCAAGAGCCGUACAAGAACUCGAUGUAGCCAACACCGAGGAACCAAUGCGAAUCAUCCAAUUGAUAACUGAGAACACUGAUGUAUCUAUCGAAACCGAAAAGCAUGAUCAGAAUAAUAAUUCCACGAUAAACAUACCUGAGAAACAAAUUCUAAUUCAAACGGAAAAUACAUUGCAAUCAAACAUAACUGAGAAACCAGUAGAAAUUUUAGUUAUUGAAAAUGACGAUAAAAAUUACGUGAACAGAGAACUAAAUAAUACAGAUCGAAUUGAAACGACGAUUGUAAAAACCGACACGUCUGUUGUGAUUACAGAUCCAAGUACGAACAUAGAAAAUUCGAGUGAGAAUAAAAUUGAAAAACCGGAAAGUUCGUCACGGCAAACUACAAACGAUAAAGCAAUGGAGAAAGAAAAUAAGCUACAAAGGAAUAACGUCCAUUCUAUAAGUACUGACAAACUAACUUCGCUCACUGUGGGAUCUAAAACGACUGAUGCGACUGACCUCAACAAAAAUGUGAAACAUACAGUGAAGACGAAAGACGAGAAAUCUGGCAUUGAAAAAAGCAGUAAGACGUCCCGGAAGACGAAGGAUCCGGAGCAAACCGGCGUGGAAAUAGAAGAAACUUCGUCAUUAUGUUCGGAAAACGAAACACCUUCCCAAAAGACUGAUCCUCGUCAAAGAGCCAUAGAAAAAGAUUCUCCUUCGGCACUCCCUUUGCGGCCGAACGUAUCGGACCGCGGUUCUGAAACCAGCGAAUCUGUAAAAUCGACUAAAAGUCUGGCGACUGAAGCCAGCGAAACCGAACGACCCGAUUUAAUAAAUCAGAAGACGAAACGGGGCAAAGGGUCCCAACAGGGGACAACUAUUGCAGAAUUAAUUAAGACGCCCGAAUAUUCUUCUAAAGCACGGGAUACAAAGAUUUCAGAGAACACUGAUUCGGGUAAAGAAGGAACGACGGGCGAAUUGAAUAAAUCGCGACCUGUGGAAGAAGAUACGAAGAUGGAAUCGAGCAAACUCGUUGAAGAACCGGAGCCGUCGUCAAUAAUUGCGCCAAGUGCGAGGGUUUCAGGUACUGCCGACACGACGAGUAAAGAGACGGCGGCGAAUAAAUUGAAUGAGUCGGGAGCCGUGGAAGAAAACGCAAAAGUAGCAUCGGGCAAAGUUGAGGAGGAAGCACAAUCGCCGAUAAUUAUACCUGGAAAUGAUCCAGCGAGUCAAAGUUCCGAAAGUGUUUCACUGAAAGAGAAAGGUAACGAGGCGCAAGUGGCCACGAUGGAAGCGCUGAUAUCCGCCGUGAAAUCCUUGCCGGAGCAAUUAUUAGGCCCUUUCAUAUCAGCGAUGCAGAUGCUGUCGUCGAAGAAAUCGGCCGGCGAGGUCGAUCGACUUAACGUUCUUGAUGCCGUGGUCAAAGACCAAAACUCUCAAGCCUGCAAUGAAAACACGUCUAAGGACAGCACGACGACCAGAACGACCAAGGCCGACGUCAAAGAGCUGCGGGAAUUGGAAAUGAGAAUAGCUCGCCGACUCUUAGCGGAAGGUAAAGCGUCCACUUACGAUGAAGCGGAAGUGGCUGCCAGUCUGUUGGCCCUAAAAUUCGGGGACGUCGAAGCCCUCCAUGCAGCCAAGGAGUGUUCAAGCGUGGAAUCGGCUUUGGCCUUCCUUCAACAGGAAUGCGAGUUAUGCACUGGUCGUUUCGCGAUGAGCCAAAUGGUGUCCAUGUUGAAGUGCGUGCACCGUUGCUGCACUGAUUGUGCCAAAAAUUAUUUCACGAUUCAGAUCAGCGACAGGAAUAUCACGGACGCGGUUUGUCCCUUUUGCAAGGAACCGAAUCUGAAGGACGCCAGCGAAGACGAAGUACUGGAAUACUUUAGUAAUUUGGAUAUACAGUUAAAAGCUCUUCUGGAUCCUCCGAUCCAUGAACUCUUCCAGAGGAAGCUGAGAGACAGGACAUUAAUGCAGGAUCCGAAUUUUAAGUGGUGCAUUCAGUGUUCCAGCGGAUUUUACGCGGAUCCGCAUCACAAACGAUUAAUUUGUCCCGACUGCCGAUCCGUCACGUGCGCCCUAUGCCGGAGGCCGUGGGAGAAACAGCACGAAGGAAUUACGUGCGAGCAAUUUGCUGCUUGGAAAGACGAGAAUGACCCGGAUAAUCAAGCCGCGGGCUUAGCCAAGCACCUCGCGGAUAACGGAAUAGAUUGUCCUAAAUGCAAAUUUCGUUACUCAUUGUCACGGGGAGGUUGCAUGCAUUUCACGUGUAGCCAGUGCAAGUACGAAUUUUGCUGCGGUUGCGGCAAGGCGUUCAUGAUGGGAGCGAAAUGCUCGGUCAGUCCUUAUUGCGCGAAACUGGGCCUUCAUGCUCAUCAUCCACGGAACUGUCUGUUCUAUCUUCGCGAUAAGGAGCCGACGCAAUUGCAACAGCUGUUGAAAGAUAAUGGAAUCGAGUACGAUACGAAGGGUCCGGCCGGAGAACGCAAGUGCAAAGUGCAGUUGCAGAAAGAAACACCAACCGGUGUCGUGGACACCGUGUGCAACUCGGACGUCGUCGAGGGACACGCUGGUUUAUGCAGGAUCCACUAUAUCGAGUACCUAGUUCUAAAGAUCCGGAAGACACAACUGGAACCGCUUCCGUUGCUAAACAUAGACGAUCUCGAGACAUGCGUGAAACGAGCGGGGGUCAAGUUACCCCCGAAUUGGCAGCACUACGUUGAAUACUUGGCGGGCCUGGUACUGAAGGGCAGGCUGGAUCCGGCGACGAUUUUUGACUUGAACGACGCCAAGCAAGAGCUGCGCCGCCGGGGAAAAGUUCCCCCUGCGAAGGACCAGGAAAUGUCCGAACAGGAUUAUCUUGAGGCGUGCAUUCAGGUGGUGCGAAAGGAGAUUCCACUGGAAUAAUUGACUCACGCUUUUCACUCAACGUGUAUAGUAUUUAUUUUAUUACGCGGACAGCGGUGAAGAGAACGACUUAUAAUCAAAAUUUAUCAAAGAUUGACAAUUGUAUAGUAUGUAUUAAAUGUACAAAAAUAGUCACUUAGGAUAAAGUUGAAAAACUGAG